AUGGCUGCGGAUGACAUCACCAAUCAGAAGGAUACUCUGCUGAGGGCACGGCCUGCUGUUUUCUUCCUUGUUAACAUAACAUGUAUUUUCUCUCCCAAACGAACCACUGACUGUUCUUCCUGGUUGCAGACGAAGGAGGCGGGGGCUGAUGACACCCUGGACGUGUCGGCCUGUGAGCUCUCUGAGGUUCCCUCGUCGGCCUUUUCCAUUUGCAAGGUGCUACAGAAGAAGGUCCUGAUCCUCCACAACAACGAGCUGAGCUCCCUGCUGCCCAAAGGAUGUGACAUCAGCACUCUCGCCACUUUAAAGGUUCUGGAUCUGCAUGACAACAAGCUGACUUCCCUCCCAGAAGACAUUGGGAAGCUGGCGUCACUGCAGAUUCUGAAUGUUAAGAAGAACCGUCUGAAGGCCCUGCCGGAGAGCAUCGGGAACCUGAGGCUUCUGCAGACACUCAAUCUGAAAGGUAACUCUCUGAGGGAGCUGCCGUCCACCGUUGGUUCUUUGAGAAGCUUACGCACUCUGGACCUGAGCGACAACAACAUCGUGCAGCUGCCCAAAGCUCUCGUCUACAUCCGCACUCUAGAGAGCUUCACACUGGACGCUGCCACCAUGACCUACCCUCCUGCCUCUGUGUGUACGGGGGGAACGGAGAGCAUCCAGCGCUUCCUGUGCUCUGAGCUGGGAGAGGAGUACUGCCCCCCCUCCCAGUACCUGCUGCCAGUGCUGGAGAGUGAGUGCGGCACACACUCCGACUGUGUGGACGCUCUGGACGAGGCCUGGAAGGUACAGUAA